AUGGGUGAGCCCAAGAAAGGGUUCUUCAUUGACGACGAGAUGGAAUCUCCUCGCAUGGUGACAGCUGCAGACCGCUGGGGAAGCGGUCUUUCCCCCAGCAUCCCCAUGGAAGGCGACGGGGGCGGCUGCAUCCAACGUACCGGUGGUUGGAAGCUUCGUCCGAAGCUUUCGAGCGGAAAGGGGAAAGCUUGCCUCUCAGGACGCUUGCAUUCCAAUGCUGCUGUUGGCUCCAAUACCGCUACGCACAACCCCAGGUCCAUCACCGUCGUCGAAGACAGCUCUCCAGAUCCUUUUGACAUGACCCUCAUGGAGCUGGAAUCCAACAAGGCAAACAACUGGCGCGCCAAUGGAGGAUCGAUUGCUCGAUCCAAGGCCAUUGCCAUCACCAGGAAGCGUGAUGACACUCACGUUGUGGACGAUCACAUCAUGCAGACUUGUUCCUCGAUGGAGAGAAUGUACGAUUGGGCGACCUGGAAGAUGUACGAACGCAUCACUUACCACAGACGCCACUACCCAGUGCGCUACUCAUCCGAAGCGACAUCGGUGACGCCACGGUACAACACUGAUCCGCCCCCUUCAGCCAGCGAAGAGAAAGGCACUGAUGAAGUAGAUCAUGCCAAACCAGAGCGCUACUUUGAUGGGGAAAUCUUUGACCUGGAGAUCUGA